AUGGCAAACGGUUGGAGCUUGGUCAUUGGCCUGGUCAUCAUCGUCGCCCUCUCUACAGCAGCCUGGUUCCUGAGCCCGAAGGGCGAUAACCAGACUCUCUUCCGCAGCACCCUCAUCCUUUCAUUCGUCUCCUGUUACUUGAUGUGGGCUAUUGUCUUCCUCUCACAGUGGCAUCCCCUCAUUGCGCCGAAGCGCUCAGAUAUCAGACCCGAUCGUGUACCGCACUAG